AUGGAGAGCCGAAAGGACAUGGUUAUGUUUCUGGAUGCGGGUCAGCUUGGUACUCUGGUUGGCAAGAGAGUCUCCAAUUUGUCCGAAGCCGUGGGCAGCCCGCUGCCCGAGCCUCCCGAGAAGAUGGUGCCCCGUGGUUGCCUGAGCCCGCGGGCCGGUCCUCCGGCCACCCGGGAGCGCGGCGGGGCAGGCCUGGAGGAGGAGCCGGUCGACGGACUAGCAGGCAGCGCUCCCGGGCCGGGCGCCGAGUCGCGGGCAGCCGGGGCUGCGGUGCUUGGCCCCGGACCUCCGGCCCCCUCCGCCGACAGCCUCUCGGGCCAGGGGCAACCUAGCAGCUCGGACACCGAGUCGGAUUUCUAUGAAGAAAUCGAGGUGAGCUGCACCCCGGACUGCGCCACGGCGAACGCCGAGUACCAGCACAGCAAAGGGCCCAGCUCAGAGGCACCGGCCAGCAGUCCCAACAGCGGCAGCGAGGCCCCCAAGAGCAACAGCAGCGGCAGCUCGCAGGGCACCCUGGCCUGCAGCGCCAGUGACCAGAUGCGCCGAUACCGUACCGCCUUCACCCGGGAGCAGAUUGCCCGGCUGGAGAAGGAAUUCUACAGGGAGAACUAUGUAUCCAGGCCGCGGAGAUGCGAGCUGGCCGCCGCCCUAAACCUGCCGGAAACCACCAUCAAGGUGUGGUUCCAGAACCGGCGCAUGAAGGACAAGAGGCAGCGGCUGGCCAUGACGUGGCCGCACCCGGCCGACCCCGCCUUCUACACGUACAUGAUGAGCCACGCGGCGGCCGCGGGCGGCCUGCCCUACCCCUUCCCGUCGCACCUGCCCCUGCCCUACUACUCGCCCGUGGGCCUGGGCGCCGCGUCCGCCGCGUCCGCCGCCGCCUCGCCCUUCAGCGGCCCGCUGCGCCCGCUCGACACCUUCCGCGUGCUGUCGCAGCCCUACCCGCGGCCCGAACUGCUGUGCGCCUUCCGCCACCCGCCGCUCUACCCCGGCCCGGCGCACGGACUGGGCGCGGCGGCCGGCGGGCCCUGCUCCUGCCUCGCCUGCCACAGCGGCCCCGCCAACGGGCUGGCGCCCCGCGCCGCCGCCGCUUCGGACUUCACCUGUGCCUCCACCUCCCGCUCGGACUCCUUCCUCACCUUCGCGCCCUCCGUGCUCAGCAAGGCCUCCUCCGUCGCGCUGGACCAGAGAGAAGAGGUGCCCCUCACCAGAUAA